CGUUAAGUUCAUAUGCGCAAGUAAGUACGGUAUUCCAAAACGCAGUUUCUUGCUUUUUUUGGUGCCAACAGCCAUUGAUGUGCAGAUGGUGGCGCUAACGCUGCACCACCGAACAAAGUGAGCGAUAUGCCAGCCGCUCGUUCAUGACCAGCGUCCAGUAAAGCUCACUUUGUAAGACACAGUCAACAUGGGCAACCAAGUGAGCACACCCGCGGCAACUGAUGCUUCUGCUAGUCAGCAAGGCGGCUGUCCAGUGCAGCAUGAUGCUAAGAAGGCGCCGGAGGGAUGCCCUGUCCAGCAUGACAAUGCCAAGAAGAUUGAGGGCUGUCCCGUGCAGCACAAUAAGAAGCCGGCAAUGACCGACGCCAUGUCCGGUGGAUGUCCGGUGGUCAAGGACGGCAAGGAGGAGAAGGAAAUCUACAAUGUUUACGGCCAGCGCAUUGACCCAACGAAUAUGAUGCCGUAUAACCCGAACCAGGACCCCAACGCCGAGCAGCGCUAUCCGCUUCCACAGGACCGCGUGCAGUCCACGAUCCCCAAGGGCGGAACCGAAGGCACGUGGCUGUACCCGUCCGAACAAAUGUUCUUCAACGCUCUUAAGCGCAAGGGUAAGGGCGAAGAUGUGCACGAAGGUGACGUGAAGGCCAUUGUGUCCAUCCACAACAACAUGAACGAGCGCGCCUGGGCGCAGGUGGAGCACUAUGAGAAGGUGUGCCACCCGGAGCUCGAGAGCUCCAAACUGCUCAAGUUCUGCGGCCGUCCGGACAAGCUCACGCCCAUUGCGUGGAUCAAGAGCAUGCUCGGAUACGGCGAGCCCUUCGACCGCCACGACUGGACUGUGCUGCGCAGCGACAACACACAGGUGCGCUACGUCAUUGACUACUACUUCGACGACGAGAAGUCCGUUCAAGACGAAGUGCCUGAGCUGCACUCUGAGAACAAAGUCAAGAGUAUCUCCAUGUACGCUCGGCCUGCUGUGGACUCCGUGGGCGCUCUGGUCGACAGAAUUAAGUUCCCUGUCAUGGGCUUCGUCAAUGGACUGAAGGGCCCCGAUCUUACUGCUCGUUCCGCUUUGGUUGAGCGUACGCAACAGGACAAGGAUGCUCCGGAGCCGCUUUCAGUGGAGGAGGUCGAACAGACGUUCGCCAAGGUCAAGGACACGUGCAAGGGCUGCAUGCAGGAGGUCAGGACUUGCAGUAACGAAAUGCAGUGCUCGCAGGCAGCGAUGGCUCUCCAACUUUGCAUGGGUCGUAUUAUCUGUCCGCCGCAGGCUGCUGCCUUCACGAAGGCUCUGGAAGGUGGCGAUGAGGCAGCAGUUGAGGCAGCUUUCGAAGCCAUGAAUACCAGUCUGGAGCAAUUCCAGGAGCGUGGAGCUAGCGCUAUGCAGGAGCAGGCUGUGCGUGAAUCUUUGGCCAAGAAGUAAGCACGCCUUGAGGAAUUGUAGGAUUCUGAAGCAGCUAAAUAACACAAUUUAGACGAUUUUUAUACCAAGUUGUA